CCCAUUACGAAAACACAAGCGCAUAAAUGUCUCCCCGCGAUAUUUUCCUGAGAAAUGACUUCUACAAAUGAUGGAAAAGACGUGAAAAGUAAUCAUACGAGUGGCCAAAAAGGCAAAUCAUUUUACAUAGAACUUUACAAGUCUCUAGAUGGGCGGUUGAGCGGUGAGUGCGAGUUGAGUACUCGCACGCGGCACUUGUGCGAGGCGUGGCGCCGCGUGCACAGCUUAUGCCAGCACUCUGCCCCGACCACCCAUCCACAUCUACUGAGCUGGUUACAGCGACACACCGCGAGGACUAUACUGCAGUUUUUUUAUAAAUCAUAUAAGUUUCAAAACAGUUUAGAAUCUUCAUUAUUUUUAGAUCAACACGUCAGAUUAUACAAAUCUUUAAAAUUACACUCUGUUUAAACCUGAAUACAUUUAGGAUAGAGUUCAAAUCCACUGUGGUAACCUAAUGUGCGUGCAGCCGUGUGUACAUGACAAAACAUUUCACAGACGGAAUGGCAAUCACCGAAAAGUAAAGAUGAGCAAAAAAGCCUCGAAGGGGCGAUUGACGACUUCAUCGAGGAAAGCAGAGCGGCUAACUGCAACCGUGGCGGCGUCAGUCCACCAUGGGAGACGCAGCUGCAUCAACGCGGCGAAUGGUUCAAGAAGAUUCUCGCAAAUCCCUGGGGACACCCAGUUCUUCGGAUACUAUUGGAUCCGAGGGGGCAGAGACCGAAUGAUGAUGAAAGUAAGAUCAAACAUAUCAUUUCCUUAGGGUCAGUGUAAAUAUGACGAAAGAUCAGUCAAGGGGCUCGCAUAGGCAUGCGUUAGUAUGCGAUGGAUUAUCCGUAGAGUGUGUCAGUUUGAAUGUCAUUCAUAUAUUUGUCAGUUAUAACAUAGGUAUACAUGCUGCAAACGAUGAGAUGUGACAAAUCCUUUGUCAAAUGUGCACUGACCCUUAGGAUCUGGACCCUUAUAAGUGGCAUUUUAAUUAAUUAUAUUUUGCCAUUGUUAUCUUUAUGUCCUACAAUGGCUGAAGGAGGAACGCGGCGUGAUGUUUGUGACGCGGCUGCGUCAGCUCGCCGCGUCCAAAUGCGACGACUUAGCCAUGUCGCUAGUCACUGCGGUCAUGGAUCGCGUCCGAGAUUCCAUACACCUGCUGCCGGACAGCGAGCAAGCAGCCGAGGCUAUAGGUUUCCGUCGGAUACUCCGUUAGGGCGCUGCUUGAACCAUUCUGUUUGCAAAGUUUUAUCGCCCUGCGAAACUGAGCCUGCGCACUACAUGUUAGAUUUGGUUAUUGUAUGUUGUUCUGAACUAAAAGUGUCUUCCAUAGAUAAAUCCGCUACCAAAGAAGCUACAUUUGCGGUGGUGCUGAAGACUGAGGCUGGCUUCACUGUGGACGUGUGGGAACUGCUCACUGACAUUGAGUUUGUGCUUUUGCAUAAAGCCGACCGCAUGUCGAAAUGUAUUGAACUG